AUGUUACGAGGGAAGCCGAAAAAGAUAGAGGAGGAAAAGGAUGCGUGCGAGGAGCUGAAGCAGCGGAGACCGAAAUGCGCGAGGUGCAGAAAUCACGGGCUUAUCUCGUGGCUGAGAGGUCACAAGAGGGAAUGUCGAUAUCGUGAUUGUUUUUGUCCGAAAUGUUCGCUGAUUGCUGAAAGGCAACGAGUAAUGGCUGCUCAGGUUGCAUUAAAAAGGCAACAAGCAGCCGAAGACGCAAUUGCACUGAGUAUGGCUAAAGUGACAACUGGCCAGAAAAUGAGUCGUCUGCCACCAGGAAAAAUCUUUGGUAUGACCGUAACAGAUCCAGACACAUACAACAACAGAUCAAAGCUAAAUUCAACCAAUGAUUCUUCUGUAGAUACAAUAUACGGCAGUGUAGCGAAAAAUAUCGACCGAGAACAAAACGAUACUAAUAAUCUUUCGAAUUUAUCUAGAUCCAAAUCCUCGGGGAUAAUCUCGCAAUCGUCGAUCGACACUUUGGCGCGUCUGUUUCCAGGGACGAAGCUGUCGGUUUUGCAGCUGGUGCUUCAGCGCUGCGAGCAAGAUCUGCUCAAGGCCAUCGAAUACUUUUCCAGCGACAAGGAGUGCACCUCGGCCUUCCACCCGCCCGCAAUCGCGCAAUCGCGGCAGCCCGACGAGGGUGUCGUGUCGUCCACGGCUGCGCGACAAAUCGCAGCCGAUGUGGCCACCAUGCAAAUUCCUCUGGAAAGGUCGAGCGACGCUUACGCGUUGCCGCCACUUUACUCGGCAAAACUUCAUGCCGAUAGCCAGCUAGGAUGCUGUUUCCUCAACGUCGUAUCCGACUCUGUACCAAGGAGCCUCGAAGUCUGCACCGCCGGCUACGCCCGAGGCAAGCCAACCGUCUACGAACGAAACAUCUUCGAGGCAGGAUUGCAGCAGCCGCAGCCACAGCUACCCCAAAGGCCCAUCUUUCAUUUGCCGUCCUUCAUUCCGCGGAUACCUUGCGUGCAGCCCAACUGCUUUCUUUGCUACAAGUACACUUAUGAAUGUCCUUAAUUGAAAAAAAAAUUCCGUGUAAUCAUCGAUUCAGCGGUGGGCCAUUUCAAAUUUAUAAUUAUCAUUAGAUCACGA